UCGAUUAUUUUCGACUUAUCGUGGUAUAAUUACAAGUAACAUGAACAUUAAACAGAUAUAAGGUGGCUAUUGCACUCAACUGUAAACACGCGAGGAUAUUCGAGUCACGAGCAAUUGCAGGUGAAGUUAUCGUCAAGAAUCGACAGCUCGGCAUCGAAUUGCGAUAGAGAUGAGAGGGGAACCACGGACAUUUGUGAAGUAUUCGAAUUCCAGGCGUUUGGGGCAUUCGCAGAUGAGUGGGAACCACGUGUGCCAUGUGAAACUGGCCAAACAUCUCGGCGCAGGAUACUGGGAGAGAUUCGUGAUACUCGGUGACACUGCAGGAGGAGUGGCGCUGUGGUGAUCGGAGUCGUUAACGCGAGAACUGCGUCUGUGCGCGGCAGUGAGAGACGCGAGCUGCUGGCAAAUCACGUGGCGAGGAAUCUCGUAAUGCCUUCUGCUGCUGCCAUUGAGGAUCUGAGCGCUGUGAUGGACAUCUUUGUGCGCGAGUUCUGCGCCAACUGUGAAGGAGGCACGGGGAGCGUCUCCAUGAGGAACCACACGCUCCAGAAUCUGCUCGUGAAGCACAUGCGGCUCUACCUGGCGGGUGCGUGUGACCCGCAUGAAGUGCGCAAGAUCAUGGGGGAUCUUCACGAGAACCAAGGCGCCAGUGUGGACUUCCAAGCGUUCAUGGCCACGUGGACGCGAAUCCUCGUGGCCGGCCAUGCCCCAUUCCAGGAGCGCGUGUUCCUCACCAAGGGGCCCUGUGGCCGGCCCAUUUCUGCUGAUAAGCCCAAAUAA